AUGUCGUACGAAGAGUACGUGAAGACAUACGGGGAGGAUUUGGAUGAAAUUGCGAGCGCGUAUCCGACACCGAGCCCCGUGCCGGGCGAGGCGCCGAACGCGUACCCGACGUCAAGUCCGAACGCGUAUCCGACACAGAGCCCCGUGCCGGGCGAGGCGCCGAACGCGUAUCCGACACAGAGCCCCGUGCCGGGUGAGGCGCCGAACGCGUACCCGACGUCAAGUCCGAACGCGUAUCCGACACAGAGCCCCGUGCCGGGCGAGGCGCCGAACGCAUAUCCGACACAGAGCCCCGUGCCGGGCGAGACGCCGAACGCGUACCCGACGUCAAGUCCGAACGCGUAUCCGACACAGAGCCCCGUGCCGGGCGAGGCGCCGAACGCGUAUCCGACACAGAGCCCCGUGCCGGGCGAGACGCCGAACGCGUAUCCGACACAGAGCCCCGUGCCGGGUAAGGCGCCGAACGCGUACCCGACGUCAAGUCCGAACGCGUAUCCGACACAGAGCCCCGUGCCGGGCGAGGCGCCGAACGCAUAUCCGACACAGAGCCCCGUGCCGGGCGAGACGCCGAACGCGUACCCGACGUCAAGUCCGAACGCGUAUCCGACACAGAGCCCCGUGCCGGGCGAGGCGCCGAACGCGUAUCCGACACAGAGCCCCGUGCCGGGUGAGACGCCGAACGCGUACCCGACACCGAGCCCCGUGCCGGGCGAGACGCCGAACGCGUACCCGACACCGAGCCCCGUGCCGGGCGAGACGCCGAACGCAUAUCCGACACCGAGCCCCGUGCCGGGUGAGACGCCGAACGCGUACCCGACACCGAGCCCCGUGCCGGGCGAGGCGCCGAACGCGUACCCGACACAGAGCCCCGUGCCGGGCGAGGCGCCGAACGCAUAUCCGACACAGAGCCCCGUGCCGGGCGAGACGCCGAACGCGUACCCGACGUCAAGUCCGAACGCGUAUCCGACACAGAGCCCCGUGCCGGGC